UGCGGGCAGGAAGGCAUCCGCCAUUAUUGUUGUGGGAUAGGAGAAAGGAGGAGAGAAAGAAGGGGCCAAUAAGAGGAGGAGAAGUAGAUUCGACAGCACUUCCUUCCGCAUUGUUAGCAGCUAAAAAAGUAAUUCAGUUAGUUUUUUCUCUCGUUCUAAUAUUUGCUUGAUAUCUGCUCGGGGAGAGCUACAGAAAGUAAAAGCAGGAAAAUGUCAAAUCUCACCCCAAAGAAAAGCGCCCCGCUUCAACAGAGCAUCGCUGCUACAUCAGGGCGAAGGGUCUACGAGGUUUACCGCCAAGGAUUUCUACUCAAAGCCCACAGCGGAGUGAGAAAGACCCUCAAACGCUACUGGUUUGUCCUCUUUGAGCAGAAAGACCUCCUAGCCUUCUUGUCAUUUGCAGAUGAGGACCAUUACCUUGAGAAAAAGAAAAAUGAAGGUUUCUUUCGAAUCGACGAUGCGACAUCGAUCGACGUGCUACCUGGCUACAUGGGCCGCAAAAACGCCUUUUGUAUUACGACACCGAGAAACAAAUACUACCUGGUGUCUGAGAGCAGAUAUGAGAUGCAUCAUUGGUUGCUUGCCCUACACGAAGCAAUGGAUAAAUACAAACAGCACACACUGCAAAGGAAAAAAAAACAAAGAUCCUCGUCUACCUCUGGAGCUGAUAACACACCAGUAGCAGCUGGAGGGGCUUCACCAAGCAUUGGAAAGACUCCGCCUCGUAUUAAACCAUCUCGUCCAGCUCCGCCCGUCCCACAAGGUAAAAGGAAAGAGAACGAGCCGCCAAACAUGAUCCCACCACACGAAGGACACAUGCAAGAGCUAGUCUCUCCGCUCCAUGGCAUGUCCUCGCCUACGACUUCUCCACUGGACGCCAUUGUUGCUGGCCUAUUGGCAGAGUCCAACGAAAUGGGAGAGGUUGAGUAUAACUUGAACGAGGAGGACGAGGGAGAAAAUGGAGACGAAACCACAACCAACCACACCUUUCACCCUCCUGAUGAGGAAAUAUCCAACUUAGCACCUUCGAAAAAUGGAGCCACUUCAACCUCAAUGCCUGCCCUUAACAAUGUCAGUGGAGACGGAUCCAAAGAAGGAACGGAAUCACCAGAAAACUUUUCCGGACCAAGUUCUCAAGACAACGACCAGUUUGUGUCUAGUUAUGAUGGCAGCGGUCGUAAUACAAUCCCGAUGGAUGGUCGUGGCCACCUGCAUCAAAAGAAGAUGAGUAGGAAGAGGAGCAGCACUAAAGGGAUGAGGUCUGUUUCUCCUCCUAAUAUCCCUCCUCCCCCUCCCCCUGAUAGUCUCAGUGCUGCCGGACAGAAAGAAGGCGAAGAAGUUUUGACAGAUUUUGGCGACGCAUUAAAAGAAAUGAAAAGUGAAUUGCAAUCAAAAAUAGCAAGCGGAGACGUACAGAAUCCUAAACCCCUCCCACCACUUCGCACCUCAUCCCUCGCAACCAAAGACCCCAAAACAUCCAGUGAGGGAGACACCAGCGUCAAGAGCUACUUAGACGAAGCCUUUCAAGAGGAGGAUAGUAAGCAGUACCAAUUUGAGGACGAAGAGCACCUUGCCUUGAAAACAAAAACUCACCCCGAGGGUAUGCCCCCGGGCAUUCUAAAGAAGGGCCACGAGGGCAAGAGGAAUGUUGGUUUUAAAGAUAGCAAACGUAACACUCCGUCGUACGAGCCUAGGAUUGACAGAGAAGACAGGCCACUCUCAGUCAUUGAAGCGAAAAAGAAGCUCUUUGGAGACAAAGAGACAAAAGUUGCUCUAUACAGGCGCUCUUACUCACAAGACGAUGACAAGAAGGAAGAUGUCGGUAAUGAGACUAGUGUCGUCGCUCAGUCGUCUCCGAGUGGCAGUCAAGGGUUGGAUGAUCAAACCGACGAGUUGCUGAGAUCAAUUGAAAAUGCUUUUGAAAGUACGAGCUACAUGGAAGAGAAGCCAGCUGGUGAUAAGAGGCGUACUCCACCACCUGUUCCUAAUCAAGCCGAAGGGAGAAAGAGCUUUAGUGUAAUGGUAGGAGAGGAUAAGAGCUCACCCAUCCCUCCCCCAUCUCUACCACCACCUGUACGCCACACUGCCUCUCUUGAAGAGGAGAAUAAUGAAGGAGCAGCUUUCACUGAGCAAGCAGAGCCUAAUGGAGUCCCACAAGCCUGGUCAGCUAUAGCCACCAAUGGUAAUCUCAAUCCUGAUCAGAAUCCAGUCUAUCGAUCUUUAGUAUGAAGGGAAGACCAUUUUAUUCUGUAUUAGAGAGCAGAGACUUUUCUCUAGUUCAUUCACUCAGUCAUUCACUGCAUAUACCUUCACCAAACUUCUCUUAUUGAACUCAGACCAUCUCUCUCUCUCUCUCUCUCUCUAUCAUUAACUAGUCUUGCAGACAUCAGUCACUCGUGCGUGUGUGUGUGUUUAUCAUGUUAAAGAUUGCACAAUCAUAAUAGAUACAAACA